AUGAGUCUGGCAUGCCUUGUAUGCCACGGCGUAGAAAGCCCGUCUCAUUCGUUUAGAAGCUACUCGGUUUCGAGCUCCGAAAAUGAGGGCAGAUGCUCGGCAAUGGCUAGUUGCUUGACCCGAAAGACUUCACUCCCUCACCACAGGACCAAUCACAGCAUAACUUCAUCUAAGGUGAUGCCACAGCCCACCAUUCCAGGUAAUGGGGCCCCAAGGCUAGUCCGGAGCCAUGCUGUAAGGAGGGAUAUCGUGAGGGAUUGGAAUUUUGACGAGGUUCAUUUAGAACGUUAG